CCCCCGACCCUCUACUCUAUAUAUACAUCUAUCUGUUAUCUUCAUCAUCCUCAUUGCAACCAAACAUUAUCUUGCAUUUUAUACUAGCUCAAAAAAACACUUCGUGUUAGUAACAAGCUUCGUCGCACCAACAAGGAAAUGGCAAACCAACUAACAAACUGGUCCUUUGAGCUUGAAGACGGUGAGAAGAUCACGAAAGUUAUGAUAAGGCAUGGAUUCAUUGUUGACGGAAUUGGGUUUGAAACAGUAAAAAACAGUAAUUCCGGCGUUAAGUGGUUUUCAGGCCCCGGGGGAUCACUUUCUGAGAUUCCGUUGAGUUCCGGCGAAUUUAUAACCUAUAUAAGCGGGUCGUACGGGAUGUACUAUCGGGAGACAUGCAUCACCACAAUGAAGAUUCAUACCAAUUUACGCCCAGAUGGAUACGGCCCAUAUGGUCGGGCCCAGGGGGCCGAAGGUGUAACGGAUUUCAUAAGUCCACUUCCGUUGAACAGUUCCAUUGUUGGGUUUUUCGGAUCCUAUGGAGUAUAUCUAGCUUCAAUUGGAAUUAAUGCAGAGCGCACGAUGAUUACCCCAUACGGGCCAUACGGCAACAGUGAAAGUUCACCAAACUGGUCCAUUGAGCUUAAUGAAGGUCAGCGGUUUAGCAAAGUAAGGAUCAGUCAUGGAUACAUUGUUGAUGGAAUUGGAUUCGACAUAACAGACCAAUCUGGAAAAACUACCCCUACACAAUUGUUUGGUGGCAGUGGCGGAUCACCGUCCGAGAUUGAUUUGGGUGUCAAUGAGACCAUAACACAAAUAAGCGGAUCGUACGGGAAGUACUUUGGAAAGGACGUGGCAAUAACUAUGAUAAAGAUCCAUACCAAUAAACGUCCAGAUGGAUAUGGACCAUAUGGGCGUGCACAGGAGGCCACAGAUGUUAAGCCUUUUUCAACUCCCCUGCCGUUGAAAGGUGUUAUUUUUAGCUUUCAGGGACACUAUGGACAAUAUCUCAAUUCAAUUGGAAUUUCUGACAAGUACAAGACGGUGGAGAAGUAUGGGCCGUAUGGACGUGCUUAAUGCUGUUGACGCAUUAUAUUACAUCUAUGAAUAUUGUCUGUAUGCUGCUAUGUGACGAUAAUAUGUAAAGAGUCAUCUUUUAAUUUUUUGUUUUGUGUUUUUUUUCAAUAAGCCACAUAUGCUAGAAGUGGCCCUCGUGUUUGGGUUGCUCUUGGCAUUUUUUUUCUCUAUUUUUUAUUUCAGUCAGUGUUGUGUUGUUCUUUAUUUUCAUUUCUUUUGACUCUUAAUAAAUACGGACUAUUCCUGUCUUCUAAA